UUUCCACGAUGGCCUUGAACUAUCUUAGCACCUCAGGAGUUCUCAUUGAAGUUCAGUAAGCAGAGCAAUUAUAUUAAUAAUUGCUUCCGUGAUGGUUGAAAGGAUUGUGGACAAGAGGAAGAACAAGAAGGGAAAAUGGGAGUAUCUGAUCCGAUGGAAGGGCUAUGGGAGCACAGAGGACACAUGGGAGCCGGAGCACCACCUCUUGCACUGUGAGGAGUUCAUUGACGAGUUCAACGGGCUGCAUGUGGCCAAGGACAAGAGGGUGAAGGCCGGGAAGCAGGCAGGCGCCUCCAGGCUUGUGCGGGACCCACGCACUCCACCUGUGGAGAGACUCUCCCACAGACCCCCAGAGGGCAAGAACAAGGGGACUUCCCACAAGAGGAAGCGGAUCAACCCUCCUCUGUCCAAGCCCAAGAAGGGGUCUUCCGGCAAGCCUCCAGGGGCUGGUGACAGGGCUGCCAAGACUGUAUCAUACAGGACUACCCCCAGUGGUUUGCAAAUCAUGCCCCUAAAGAAGGCCCAGAAUGGCCUGGAAAAUGGUGAUGCCGGCUCAGAGAAGGAUGAGAGACAUUUUGGAAAUGGGUCUAAUCAGCCGGACUUGGAUUUGAAUGACCACAUUGGAGAGCAGGAUGGCAGCGACUGUGAUGGGACCCACUCGGCGCUGGUGGAGAACGGGCUCGGCUCUCCUCUGACCAAUGGGGGCUUGAACCUGCACAGCCCCGUGAAGAGGAAGCUGGAGGCAGAGAAGGACUAUGUCUUUGACAAGAGGCUCAGGUACAGCGUCCGCCAGAAUGAAAGCAACUGUCGGUUUCGAGACAUCGUGGUGAGGAAGGAAGAGGGCUUCACGCACAUCCUGCUGUCCAGCCAGACUUCCGAUAACAACGCCUUGACACCUGAGAUCAUGAAGGAGGUCCGGCGAGCCCUGUGCAACGCAGCCACAGAUGACAGCAAGCUGCUGCUCCUCAGUGCAGUGGGCAGUGUGUUCUGCAGUGGCCUGGACUAUUCCUAUCUAAUUGGCCGGUUGUCCAGUGACCGGAGGAAGGAGAGCACACGGAUUGCCGAAGCCAUCAGGGACUUUGUGAAGGCUUUUAUCCAGUUUAAGAAGCCCAUUGUGGUAGCCAUUAAUGGGCCAGCACUGGGUCUGGGCGCCUCUAUUCUACCCCUCUGUGACAUCGUGUGGGCCAGCGAGAAGGCCUGGUUUCAGACACCUUAUGCCACCAUCCGCCUCACGCCUGCUGGCUGCUCCUCCUACACCUUCCCCCAGAUCCUGGGUGUGGCACUGGCUAAUGAGAUGCUGUUCUGUGGGCGGAAGCUCACCGCUCAGGAGGCUUGCAGCAGAGGCCUGGUGUCACAGGUCUUUUGGCCUACAACCUUCAGCCAGGAGGUCAUGCUGCGGGUGAAGGAGAUGGCUUCCUGCAGUGCUGUGGUUUUGGAGGAGUCCAAAUGCCUGGUUCGAAGCUUCCUGAAGUCAGUGCUGGAAGGUGUGAAUGAAAAGGAGUGCCUCAUGCUCAAACAGCUCUGGAGCUCUUCCAAAGGCCUAGACUCACUAUUCAGCUCCCUACAAGACAAGAUCUAUGAAGUCUGAAGGGCCUCUGCUCUCCAGGCCCCAUGCUCAAGGGCACCUGACUUUCAACUUGGCCCUGUGUUCCUGCCAUCGGAGCCCAGGUUCCACCCCAGCCAAGAGUUCAUCAAGGUGUCUCUUGACACCUAGGAUUGUGUCCAUUCCUCGUGUUCUUUGGUUGUUCCUCAUUGGUUUGAUUUCAUGUGACAGUGGGAAAUGAAGCACCCUUGGACUCCCCACAUCUCAGCCCUGCCUGAGCUGCAGAGCUUUCCAGGGCGACAUCUUCCCAGGGCUCCACUGGGCAUCACUGUCCUUUCCCUACUUGCUGAAAUGCACCAUCUUGGUCCAGGAGGGGAAGACCAUUCUCCCCCAGCCUUCCAACUCAGGCUGUGUCCAUACAGUACCUCCGAUUAGGAGACAAGGCCAUCGUGGCUACAUGAUUAAAUGUUGAUCUUGGACCAGGGAAAUGAUCAUCUUAGGAGAUUCACGGACCAACGUGCUCGUGAGUGUGUAGGCCUGGCUUCAGUCUCCUCUCCGAUGCAAUGCUGUGUGACUAUUAGGGCUUGGUAUUAAAAUCCAACCAAGUAAUUUACAAACCCAGAUAUUGUACAUUUAGAAAUGUUUUGUUAAAUAUAUAUUUUUAAAACAAUGUAAGUGGAAAUUCUGAUAAUUUAUGUGUAUUAUAUGUAAAGCUAGUUUUACAAAAAUAAGAACUACUAGGAAAAUGUUUUCUUUUUCUUUAUUUGGACUUACUUUAUUUAUUUAUUUUGUUUAUAUAUUAUGAAAUCUGUUGUUCACACAGAUUUUAUUUUCAUACUGCCCUGGACCAAAUACUAUUCAAGAUUUAUGCCGUUUGGUGCAUUCUAGCAAUGAACCACAUAGAUAGAGGUUCAGAGAUGGGAUAGAAGGAUUUCUGUGGAUUGAAAGGAACAGCUCUGUACAAGACCCUGGGUGUGUAGCUGCAAUGACAUAAUGCUAGUUCUUUACUUACGUCCUUGGAAGAAAUCAUGGUGGAAUUUUCUCUUGUACUCACUGUCUGUAAGGAGAUCAAGGGCUCUCAUAGCCCUAAUGGUCCCAAAACACACCCACUCACUGUGUGAUGUUAAGCAAGGCUGUAGAACAAGCCCCACUGGGGUGGGCAUGUAACCAAGACUAAGGUAUUUUUCUCUGGGAUGAAUGACUGAACUUGGAUUUCAGAGGCUGUUGCUCCCAUGUGAACUGUGAGUUCUGAUUUGGCCUUUGCAGAGGUUAGAAAGUGUUUCCAGCCUGCUGAGCUGUCUGCCUCAAGUUAGUAAAGAAAAAUGGAAGGGUUCUAAUUAGAGGUUCAAACUUGUUUUGGAUCCUGCACCCAGAAAAGCUAGACUGUUGGUGUAGUGGGUUGUUCUCCCUCUUCUCCUUCCUGAGUAGCCAGGAAGCUACUUUCUCAGUACUUUCUCCUGCAGGAGGCUAGCUGCCCCAGGAAGGACAAGUGGAGAGAAUACAUGGCCGUGAGAUUUGACCUCAAUAAACAGCUGAGUGUCUAUGCUAAAGCUUAGAGGAAUGCCCCUUUAAAUAGUGAAUCCCACAUGUAUAUGACUUCCUGGUCCUUAGGAUGUCUUUGGUUAGCUCUAUAGAAAGGCUUGAGAGUUCACAAAAGUUCAGGAGGAGAGGAAAUCUCUCUCUUCCUCCCUCCUUUUCCAGCCUUUGUCACCUUGGACCACAAGGAACAGAAAGGACAGCCCUCUUUGGCUGUGUUCAGCCCCUGGAAGAUGGAAUUGAAGCUUGGGUAGCUUCCUUGUGUCCAUGUAGGUUGCUGUAACAAUGUACAGCUGAGUGUAGGGAGUUAGGACAGGGGAUGUCCUGCUUCUUCCCAGAUGCCUGUUGUCCCUUCUCUCUUUGGCUAGUUAGUCUUACAUACACUUCCCCACAGCCCUUAGAUGGACAUGUUCUUGCGUGUGUGAGGGAAUCCUUACCUGUGCUUCUUCCUGUGUUGGAAAGGCCCUUUGCUUUCUGUUUAGCAAUAUGUACAGAAACAGGGUCAAGAAACUCCUUUGUGUCACUGUGCAUCUUUGUUUCCCAUAGAACCAGAAAUGUUUUAGGGUUAAACAUAGAGCUGCAAACCUCUGAACAAACCAAGGAUCUGUAAUGACUAAGGUGAGCAUAGAACCAUUUCCAAGGUAGAGUUCAUACUGCUAAUUGUAAGGAUUUGAAAGGACAAUACAUGUCUUGGUUAUUUGUGUGAACCGAAUUAGUUACUCCAUCUGCUUCAGCAUAGACUGCACUUCAGGAGUUUCUGCUUUUUAGAUAAUUAGUUUGGGCAAUGAGUAUAUGAAAUCCAGGGGACUUACAGUAAAUUGAGCUGGGAUAAAAUAUGUCUAUGGUUGUGUCAUGGUUUAUCCUAAUACCUCUCUUGAGGUAGCAUACAGACUUUCAUUUUUUCCCUUGUACCCCAAGUGUCCACUCUCUUUACCCAUGGGAUCCUUCUGCCAUUCCUGCUCCUGGGUGGGUCUUUGAGAAAUUAUGGAUAGUUUUGGCAGCCCAAACUCAGAAUUCUUUUGGAUUUGGAGGAAUAGCUAAGGGUAGGAAGUUGAAAGUACAUUCUCUUAGCCAAGAAUCUUUUUAGCAUGCCACUUGAGACUCCUUUUCCCUGUAUGCUCCACCCCUGAUGGUGGUGACCCCCAGAAUUGUUGUCAAGAUGGUCACCCUGUCAACCUUUGGAAGCCACUGCCAAAUGUGGACAUUCUGUUCAUGUAUCCCUUCUAGUUUAGAAAUAAUGUCUGAGGGUAAACACCAUCAAAUUUUCUUGCUAAGACUAAAAUUGGAUAACUAGAGGAAGGAAAUAGAGAAUUGAUUUAAACUCUCAUUCUUGUUUGAUAUAGAUUAACCUAGGAAAUGUUCUCUCCAAAGCAUGAAAGUACAUAUUCUUCCAUAUGAAGCUUAAUAUGAGGGUGAGAUGAUAAUUGCAACAGACUUUGAACAAUGCAGCUGUGUCCCUGAAUGCCCACAUUUACAAAUAGCCCUGACUAAAUGCUGACUUGCAUUUCCCAUUACUAAUAGUUGGUUUAAAAAACUUAAAAACCUUUCAAAAAAAUUUUAAAAAAUUUGUACCUUUUUUAAUUUGGCAUAUAUUCACAUUCAUGCAAUUUUCCAAUCUAGUUUCUGUAGAAAUUUUUUAACAAAGAGAAACAAACAGAAACAUCUGCAAAUCUUCCUAAGUAAAUAUUGAAAAUGAAGAAUUGCUUCUCUUCUAUGUUUUCGUGUUCAAAUACUUAGAUCUGUUGUAUAUAUUAGUCAAGAGACUCUCACUAAUAUACACAGUAUUUAAGACUCGA